CUGCAAUCUGCCACUCCCCACCGCGUUGGCUGCCAGCAUCUAUAAACCUGUCUGUCUAACGAUGAAUUGACUGUCGACACUUCUUCUCUCUAUCUGUUUACUUACACAUUAUCGUCCUUUCAGUACAUUCAAUCACAAUGGCCAACCACACUCGAAAGCACAAGGUUACCGUGGUAGGCUCCGGCAACUGGGGCUCAACGAUCGCCAAGAUCAUCGCAGAAAACACCAAAGAGCACCCAGACCUCUUCGAGCAAGAGGUGCGCAUGUGGGUGUUCGAGGAGGAGAUCGAGGUGCCGGAGUCCUCGAAACACCACAGCAAGCUGGGCGGGCAGAAGCGCAAGCUCACGGAGGUGAUCAACGAAGUGCACGAGAACGUGAAGUACCUGCCGGACAUCGCGCUGCCGGAUAAUGUGGUGGCAGACCCGGACCUCAAGUCCGCCGUGAAAGACGCCACGCUGCUGGUCUUCAACCUCCCGCACCAAUUCAUCGGCAAGACGCUCGAUGGGAUCGCGGGGAAUAUCCUGCCGUACGCGCGCGCCAUCUCCUGCAUCAAGGGGGUGGAUGUGUCCGACGGCACGGUGACGCUGCACUCGGAGCUGAUCAUGGAACGCCUGGGGAUCUACUGUGGAGCGCUAUCCGGGGCCAACAUCGCGCCUGAGGUCGCAGCGGAGAAGUUCUGCGAGACUACCAUCGGCUACGAUGUGCCGCCCAUGGACCUGAAGCCGCCUGAUGGCUCCAAGGAGAAAAAUAUGAUCAAGAUCGACGAGCAGCGGCAGUCCAAGCGCAAGCCGACGCACGUCGAGCUCACCCCCGUGCCGCAGGAUCUGCCGCACGUGGGCGCUGACCUGCUCGAGGCCCUGUUCGCCCGCCCGUACUUCCACGUGCACCACGUGCACGAUGUCGCGGGUGUCGCCCUUGGUGGCGCGCUGAAGAAUAUCGUGGCUCUGGCGUCCGGCUUUGUCGCCGGCAAGGGCUGGGGCGAGAACUCUAAGGCCGCCAUCAUGCGCGUUGGCGUCCUGGAGAUGAUCAAGUUCGGCCGGACCUGGUUCCCCAAGUCCGUGAAGGAGCAGACCUUUACCGAGGAAAGUGCCGGCAUGGCGGACCUGGUUUCCUCAUGCAGCGCGGGCCGCAAUUACCGGUCGGCCUGCCAUGCGGUGGAGCAGGGGGUCAGCGUGCAGGAGAUCGAGGAGAAGGAGCUCAACGGACAGAAGCUGCAGGGCACUUCGACCGCGUACGAUGUACAUGAGUUCCUUGAGAAGCAGGGCAAGCUCAAGGAGUUUCCCUUGUUUGUUGCCGUCCAUGAUAUUCUCGAGGGCACUGCUAAGGUCGAGGACCUUCCAGCGUUGAUUGGUAGACGGAAGACUAUUAAAGCGUGAUGUAGUUUGAUACUACUUUAGACUUGAUGAUAACGAAUGCA